AUGGUUAAUAAGAAGGUUAUUUUAAUUGAUAAUUAUGAUUCAUUCACCUGGAAUAUCUAUGAAUAUUUGUGUCAAGAAGGUGCUAGAGUUGACGUUUACAGGAAUGAUAAAAUUACUGUCGAAGAAGUCGCUAAUUUAGAACCUGAUUUAUUAUUAAUUUCGCCAGGUCCUGGUCAUCCAAAGACUGAUUCUGGUAUAUCAAGAGAUUGCAUUAAAUACUUUGCUGGUAAAAUUCCCGUCAUUGGUGUUUGUAUGGGUCAGCAAUGUAUGUUUGAAGUCUUUGGUGGUGAAGUUGCAUUUGCCGGUGAGAUUGUUCACGGUAAAACUUCUCCUAUUUAUCAUGAUAAUAAAGGUUUCUUUAGAAAUGUACCUCAAGGUGUCACUGUAACUAGAUACCAUUCUCUAGCCGGUACUCAACAAAGUCUUCCUGAAUGUUUAGAAGUCACUGCAAGAACUGAUAAAAAUAUUAUCAUGGGUAUAAGACAUAAGAAGUAUACCAUCGAAGGUGUACAAUUUCAUCCUGAAUCUAUCUUGACUGAAGAAGGCCAUUUAAUGAUAAAAAAUAUUUUAAAUAUUACUGGUGGUACUUGGGAAGAAAAUGAUAGAAACUUGUCAUUAACCAAAACUAUUUCAAACAGUGGUAAUUCGAUUUUGGAUAAAAUUUACAAUCAACGUAUGAAAGAUAUCGAAGCCUUAUCAGCUACCCCAGGUUUUACUGAAAAAGAUUUAGAAGCUAAUUUUAAAUUAGGUUUAGCUCCUUCAGUUAUUAAUUUUUAUGACAAAUUGAGCUCUGUUACUAAAUCCGCUUCUGUCAUCGCUGAAAUUAAACGUGCCUCUCCAUCAAAGGGUGAUAUCUUUAUUGAUGCAAUUGCAUCAGAACAAGCUUUAAAAUAUGCAAACGCUGGUGCUUCAGCAAUAUCUGUUUUAACUGAGCCACAUUGGUUUAAGGGCUCUCUAGAAGACUUAAGAAACGCCAGAAAAGUCUUAGAUAAGGAAUACAUGUCUCACCCAUUAGCUAGACCAUGUCUAUUAAGAAAAGAAUUCAUCUUUUCUAAAUAUCAAAUUAUAGAAGCAAGAUUAGCAGGUGCCGAUACUGUGCUACUAAUUGUCAAAAUGUUGACAGAUGAAAGAUUGUCUGAAUUAUACAAUUACGCUACAAAGGAAAUGAAUAUAGAACCAUUGGUUGAAGUUAACUCCAAAGAGGAAUUAGAUAGAGCUUUAAGAAUCGGCGCUAAGGUCAUAGGUGUUAACAACAGAGACUUACAUUCAUUUAACGUUGACUUGAGCACUACCAGCAGUUUGGUAGAUUCAAUUCCAAAGGGCACUAUUUUAUUAGCUCUUUCAGGUAUUUGUACCGGCGCUGAUGGUGAUAGAUACAAGAAGGAAGGUGUCAACGGAUUCUUAGUUGGUGAAGCACUGAUGAAAUCAAAGAAUGUAGAGGAAUUGAUUCAACAAUUAACAGAAUAG